AUGGCAGAAGACUCCGAGAUUUGGGAUGUCAUCUGUGAUGGACCCUUUGUUUCUACCAAGACUGUUGGCGACCCAGCUAUAACCAUUCCCAAAACGAGGAAGGAAUUCAAUGACGCUGAUCGAAAGGCCAUAGAAAAGAAUUUUUGUGCAAAGAAAAUUCUUGUUUGUGGCAUUGGUUUUGAUGAAUAUAAAAGGAUAUUGGCAUGCCAAUCAGGAAAAGAAAUAUGGAAAGCUCUUCAGAUAGCUCAUAAAGGAACAACACAGUUAGGAGAAGCAAAACAGUCUAGAGAUGACCUAGUAGUCGUUGUGGUUGAUUUAAAGGAAACAAUUGAGAACCAGAAGAAAGAGAAGGAAGCCUUAAAUGAAAAAAAUUGCAAAUAUAGAUCAUGA